GCUUCCAUGCAAUUUUCGAGACCUCGUCGUGCUUUUUGGCCAGCCAUGCUGACGUAUUCAAAGUUCUUUAUUGCAUUGCUCCUGGUUUUCAUCCUAGAGGGCUGCGAUCAUGACCGCAGUGAUUCGCCAUCUUCAAAGGCUCGGAAAGCAAGCGAGGUCGUAAAAGUGCCUGGCUGGGAAGCGAAAGGCUUCCCCUUGUCCUUUGCCAUCAAGGCAGGUAGCAUGGUCUACGUCAGUGGAAUGCAAGGCAUGGACAUGAAGCAGAUGAAGCUGGUGGAAGGCGGGGUAAAGGAGGAGACAAAACAAAUACUGCGGAACUUGGACACUGUACUGCAGGCUGCUAACAGCAGUAUGAAGCAGGUGGCGCUGUGCAGCGUUUCUCUGGUGAACAUUUCCCGCGACUUCAAGGACAUGAACGAGGCAGGCAGCGUUCAGGCCUAUGCCUCGUUCUGGUCGAAGGAUCCUCCUGCACGUGUGGCAGUGCAAGUUGCUGCUUUGGCGGGAAACGCUUCAGUCGAAAUUCAGUGCAAUGCUGCCCUGAACACCACAAACCGAAGCAUCGUGGAGGUGCCGUCCCUUCCAGCCCCAAAAGGCUUUCCACUGUCCUGGGCCACAAAAGUGGAUGGAAUGGUCUACAUGAGUGGCACUCAAGGUAUGGACAUGGCCACAGGCAAGCUGGUUCCUGGAGGUGUCAAGGCUGAGACGACUCAGGCCCUAAAGAAUAUCCAGCAAUUGCUACAAGCAGCAAAGUCAAAUGCGGGACGUGUAGUUGCCUGCAGCGUGUCCCUCAUCGACAUCAAGGACUUUGCAGAGAUGAAUGAGGCCUACAAAGCAUUUUGGCCUGAACAUGCGGAACUGGGCGGCUUGCCAUCCAGGGUUUGUGUGGAAGUCUCUGCGCUGGCAGGGCAGGGCAAGGUGGAGGUCCAAUGCACUGCUGCAGGUACUGAUGUGCCUCAUGGUGAAAUUCCCAGGGCUGUGAAGGUCCCGGGCUGGCCCAAGGGUGACUUGCCCUUCUCUGCUGCGACCAAAGUGGAUAGCAUUGCUUUCAUCAGUGGUAACCAAGGUGUUGACAUGAACACCUCCAAGCUUGUGGAGGGAGGUGCUGGGCCAGAGACCACGCAAACCUUGAAGGACAUCAAGGCCGCUGUUGAGGCCUCCGGAACAGGUUUGCAAGACGUUGUAGCGUGCGAAGUGUCGCUACUGAGCAUGAAGGAUUUUGCGGCAGUCAACAAGGCAUACGCAUUUUUCUGGCCCUCCGAGCCACCAAGCAGAGUUGCGGUUCAAGUUAGAGCGUUGGUGACAUGGACCUGUUUCAGUUGGAAGGGCACGGAGCAAUCCGAGUUUGCUAAUGAGAUGAUUGUUGUGUUUGCACUACCUCCUUUGAACCUGACAAAUCUUUGUCCGCAACACUUUCGGUCCGAACAAAGCUGGCAAGAAGAAGGCCACUGAUCAUAUCAGAAUCCAACCGUUGCUCAUAGACUACCUGCAUGAUAUUAGGGAAUGCAUGGAGUGCAGGAGGAUAUUUGCAAGGUUUCCUUCUUCACCAUGUAUCAUAGAACUCAUAUCCUUCACUGCAACAGGGCUUGGGUGAAAUUUAUGUUGCUUCGUAGAAUGUGUUCAUGCUGCGCUACAUUUGCAAUAGUUUGUAAUGAAAUAGUGAGACAUAUUGAGAUAUAUUGAGACUUGGCUGUCAUAAUUUGCGCAGUGAUGCCAUAGAAUGCAAUGUAUGCUGAUGUUGUUUCUGGUGUCUUUAAUAUUUUGUGAGUUCUGGAAAGGCUGCAAAGGAUGGCCUGAAUGCAUGUGGAUAUUCAGAUGCGGAUUGCAAAAACACGUGAGAAUACACUGAAAGGAUUCCAAGGUAUGUAUUUUGAGCUGUCCACACAAGGCCAGAGGCGCUUCGGUGGAGAUUCGCUGUGCUGCUGCGCUGCCUCCAAAGCAAUUUUCAGCAGAAGAGACAACCAUCACAAUCUGAGGGCUGGCGGACGGAAUAUUGUGCAAAAAUUCCUGCCAAAAUCUGUUGAUUUGAAAC